AUACUUUUGAUUUGUUCACGUUGUAAUUACGUCAUAGGCGCCAUCUAGUAUCCAAAGAAUUUUCACAAUACACUUUGAUUUUUUGUACUUAUUAUAUUUGCAUUACAAGAAUAUAACCUCAAUUCUUUAUAAUUGAAAAAAUUGUUCAAAUAUAAUAUAAAAAUGAGAUUUACUCUUCCUUAUUUUAACGGACGGCGUCCUCAAUCUGAAAAAAAAGUUCCGUUUAAAGUUCUUAAACCUUUAGUAUUAAGUAAUCGUGUAUCUCACAAAGGAAGUGAUAUACCAGGUAAAGGUUGUUUACAAGAGUUGACAAUACUUUUAACUUGUCUUAGAGAAAAAGAGUUCAAUAAUUUUGAUUGCACAAAAGAACUUGCAUCGUUCGAACAAUGUAACAAAAAAUUUGCAAAAUUGAGUAGAGACAUGAAAAUUCUACGGUCACAAACAAUGCCUGUUCCUAAUUCAAAAGUUCAUUCUUCUAAACAAAUCUCCCAUUUAUUAAAUUUAUUUCCUACACAAUAAUUAUAGUUGUAUUUAUGUUCAUUAAGUAUCAAAUAAAUAUUUAGAAAUAAAUCAGGA